AUGCCAGCACCACUUGCAAAAGGGCUCAUUAUAGGUGUUUCUGUACUAGUUGCAGCCGGCAUCGCUGUGUAUGAAUCGCCUCAGUUCCAGCAAUGGGUAAUCAACUCGCGACGCAAGAUAGCCUUGGCCUUGCACAACCUGGGCGAUGAAAUUCAACCUCGUGAAAUACCGCUGAGGGAAGAUAUAUCUAUGACCGAGGAGGCGGGCGAGGUUGCAGAGGAACGAAGACGGAUUGCUCGUGCGGAAAUAAUGCGACGAAGCACGCUCAUGGAAUCCCGGCGAAAAUCAAACCACCUAACUCCAGCUGAGGAUGGUUUUGAUACUCUCGUCGACAAGGAUGGCAACCUGCGUAAACAGAAAGACCACGGAGAUGGUUCUCAAUCUCCUCAAAUUUUUACUGCAGAAUCGACUGGGUUAGACCUAGGUAUCUUCAAGCCUGUCCGUCGGGGCGGUAACCCCAUCGAGGCCGAAUCCUCGGCCACCUUGGGCAGUGAUCCACUCCAUAUCGGAAUUCCAUCAUCUGCUUCUUCGAUCCGCCGUUACUCUCAAUCUUCCAACCAGCAUACACCUACUUCUGAUGGCCCAGAAGAAAAUGAUUUCUUUGAUCCAUUCGCUCCAAACUCACCUCUUUUUUCUUCUGACUCGAGCCACACAGAAGAAGACCAACAUGUGUACUAUGCCCACCCUGAUGCUUCAGCAAACAUGACUCAUCACAACAAUUUAUUUAAUGAAUCAGCCGAUUUUGGUCACGGGAGUCUUCCGUCUCAUCAUGACGUCUCGGCAGCCCCCUCGACAAGUGGAAGUUUCAGUCAUGUGGGAGGGUCAGAUGAUGGAACUUCAGAUGGUACUCUCAGCGACUUGGGUGCAAGAUCUAUUGGCGGAGUUACUACCCCAGGAAGCUGGUCUGAAGUGGGUAGUGUAGUUAGCGAUGCAGAUGCCAGUCAUGUUCAAUUGCUUUGA